CCAAGCAGAGGGAAAGGAAUCAGAGGGGAAAAAAUAAGGCUGAAGCAUGAACAAAGUGGAAUUCACCACUGUUGCAGGAUUUGCUGUAUUAUUGCUCUUCCACGUGACUCAAACUGAAGUCUGUCCUCCUUCCUGCAACUGUAAGUCACUGGGAGAAAUGAAGGGUUUGCAGAUAGACUGCAGUUCAAGGAAGCUGAAGGAAGUGCCUGCCUUGCCUGUUAACACCAAGAAGCUUUAUCUACAGAAUAACAGCCUGACCACAGUUCCUUCCGGUGCCUUGGACAGCCUGCUCAGCCUGGAGGAGGUGAAAAUAUUUGAUAAUCCUUGGAACUGUGACUGUCAUAUUCUUUAUUUAAAACUCUGGUUAGAGGAUAUCUCGGAAUCCUCUCUUGCAAACGUCAGAUGUGCAACCCCCACCGCCGUUAGGAUGAAGCCCUUGAGUCAGCUGACUGGGAACGAGCUGGGGAUCUGCAAGAGGCUUCUCCCAAUCAAAAGCCUCGAGUUCUUUUGGCGAGACCUCAUUUUAAUUGUUGUAGCAAUAACUACACUUAUUUUAGUAGCGUGGGCUCUGAAAUUCUCAAAAAAGCUGGUCUACCAAAUAAACGUAAGCCAAUAUGAUUUGAGUGGCCCACUGUCGCAGAGGCACAGCUUCAAAAACCGUAAGUUACAGUGAGCUGUUCACCAUCAUUAGUUUCACCAGAAAUAUCAGCCUACUCUACUACAAAAAAGCGCAUGUGCUGGCAACACUUGAUUUAAUGGUACACAUGAUACAAACAGAUCCCAGGCCACGUCUCGGUGCCCAGAUAGGCAAGUUUGAUUUCAUUUCAUUUCCAAAACCAACUUGGUGAUGCGCUGACUGGCAAGUUUCCAUCUGCCACUACCUACUUAUAUGGAAAACAGUUUCUAAAUAUUUUCAAAUCACUUAAUUUAGCACUUUCCCACUGAAUUCUUAGCUCUUCUAGCAAGAGGAUUUACAUGCCAAACAAUCAACGCUUUUUAAUAUAUGGAUAUGAAUACUGUUUGUAUUAUUUUAGCAAUUCAAUUCUCAUUCUGAAGCUGCUUAAGCUUGUAACCUGGUAUCCCUACGCAGUGUCCCGUGGCCUCAGUAGACCCAUUCUUGCCUGCAAAGUCAACCACCUCUUCAUGAUGGAGUUCCAUGCCUGAACUUCAGGUUCAGGAGUUCCCUCAGAGCAGAACCACUAUGAUUAUACAGGCUAGCCACUGAAUGUAUCCCUUAAUGAGUAUGUUCACAAACUGACUGGU